GCCGCCGCCGCCGCCGCCGCAGUCCUUAGCUUCCCGGGGACAGGAAACCUUCGAGACCGAGCUGCCACUGCCGCCUCCCCGACUGCCCCCCAUUCCGCGCGCCUGCCACACCCUCCUCCCCUUCUUCCAGUAUCUUCCGGUGGGGCACUGCAGGGACUCGGCCCGCGCUGCAGUCUCCCCCUCCCGGGGGAAAGCUGUGACCCCCCCCGCAGGAGCGGCGGGGCGGGGUGGGGGGGCCUGGGAGAAGAUGGCGACGCCGGGAAGCGAACCCCAGCCUUUCGUCCCUGCCCUCUCGGUGGCUACUCUGCACCCCCAUCACCAUCCCCACCACCACCACCACCACCAUCAGCACCACGGAGGAACCGGAGCCGGCAGCGGGGUCGGGGGAGGCGGCGGCGGCGGCGGCGGCGGCGGCGGCAGCGGGGGCUUCAACCUGCCCUUGAACCGGGGGCUGGAGCGCGCGCUGGAGGAAGCGGCCAAUUCCGGGGGGUUGAACCUCAGCGCCAGGAAAUUGAAGGAAUUUCCCAGGACCGCGGCCCCGGGGCACGACCUCUCGGACACGGUGCAGGCAGAUUUAUCUAAAAACAGACUGGUCGAAGUCCCAAUGGAAUUGUGCCAUUUUGUAUCACUGGAAAUUCUUAAUCUGUAUCAUAAUUGCAUCAGAGUCAUUCCUGAGGCCAUCAUUAAUCUGCAGAUGCUGACUUACUUAAACUUGAGUCGAAAUCAGCUGUCUGCCCUGCCUGCCUGCCUGUGUGGUCUGCCUCUCAAAGUCUUAAUCGCAAGUAACAACAAACUUGGAUCGCUGCCAGAAGAGAUAGGUCAGCUCAAACAGUUGAUGGAGUUGGAUGUCAGCUGCAACGAGAUCACGGCCUUGCCCCAGCAGAUAGGUCAGUUGAAAUCUCUACGGGAACUGAAUGUCAGAAGAAAUUACCUUAAAGUUUUACCACAAGAACUAGUAGAUCUUCCCUUGGUAAAGUUUGACUUUUCCUGCAAUAAAGUGCUCGUGAUUCCCAUUUGUUUUAGACAGAUGAAACAGCUGCAAGUAUUACUACUUGAGAACAACCCUUUGCAGUCUCCUCCGGCACAGAUUUGCACAAAGGGCAAAGUGCACAUAUUCAAGUAUCUGAGCAUACAAGCAUGUCAGAUUAAGACAGCUGACUCCCUUGAUCUCCACACGAUGGAGAGGCCACAUUUCCACCAGCACGUGGAAGAUAGCAAGAAGGAUUCUGAUUCGGGUGUCGGAAGUGAUAAUGGAGAUAAACGUUUAUCUGCCACAGAGCCUUCUGAUGAAGACGCUGUUAGCCUCAAUGUGCCGAUGUCGAACAUCAUGGAAGAAGAACAGAUCGUCAAGGAGGACUCCUGCCAUCGCCUUAGCCCAGUUAAAGGGGACUCUCAUCAGGAAUUUCAACCAGAGCCUUCCCUUUUGGGUGACAAUGACAACUCAGGAGAAGAAAGAGACCAAUUUACUGAUGGAACAGAUGUUCUCCGUUCAGAAUUUAUAACCUAUAUUAAGGAUAGGGCUGAGGACUGUGAAGAACUGUUACGGAUAGAAGAGGACACACACUGGCAACCUGAGGGAAUAAUAAGUUCAUCCAAAGACCAGGACAUGGAUAUAGUGAUGAUUGAACAACUGAGAGAAGCAGUAGAUUUGCUGCAAGAUCCCAACAGAUUAAACACCGAUAUUACAGAGAGGAAUGUUGUGAACUUUUAUCCUGUGGAAUCAGCAGAAGCCUUAGACUUACAAGAUUCUGCACUAAAUGGUCAAAUACAGCUGGAGACCUCUCUGGUGUGUGAGGUGCAAAAUGAUCUCACAUCACAGAGCAAUGGGAGCGAGUAUUCUCCAAAUGAGAUGAGAGCGAACUCGCCUGCAAUCUCUCCCACCACCAACAGCACAACUCCAUUUGGCCUCAAGCCUCGAUCAGACCCAGCCCUCACUCUUCCUCCUAUCUCCUUCAACAAACUUACACAGGCACAAACAUGGGACAGCUCUAGCUACAGUGUUCCAUCUGAAGGAGACAGUGACAAUGUGUUUCUAAGACCUCAGAGAAAUUUGGAAUCUAUAGACCCACAGUUUACAAUUCGGAGGAAAAUGGAACAGAUGAGAGAGGAGAAGGAACUGGUGGAACAACUCCGUGAGAGCAUCGAGAUGAGACUCAAGGUCAGCCUGCACGAAGACCUGGGGGCGGCACUCAUGGACGGCGUGGUCCUCUGCCACCUGGUCAAUCACAUCCGCCCGCGAUCCGUUGCAAGCAUCCACGUCCCCUCACCAGCAGUUCCCAAACUUAGCAUGGCCAAAUGCAGAAGAAAUGUGGAAAACUUUUUGGAAGCAUGCCGAAAAUUAGGAGUACCAGAGGCCGACCUCUGCUCUUCGUAUGACAUCCUGCAGUCGGACUUUCACCACGUUCGAAAGACUGUUGACACUCUCCUGGCACUUGGGGAGAAACCCCCACAACCAACUUCUGCCCUCCGCUCCAGGGACCUUAUCAGCUUCUGUCUUGUCCAUAUUCUCUUUAUAGUGCUAAUCUAUGUCACUUACCACUGGAAUGCUCUGUCUGCAUAACGUCUGCAUGUGCGUCCAAACACUCUGCUACGUCACCCUGAUCUGUCGCAGGGUCCUUCCUCCAUUUGAGCCUUUGCCUGGCCAACUUCCAUCCCCGUCAUCUCUUUAGUAAUCUCUGGAGUUUUGAAGCCAGACAUUACGAGUCAGAUUUUUCCCAAAGCACAAAUAAUUUCUCUCCCUUAGUGAAAAAACAGCAACAAGUGUGUCCCAACCUCACGCUUUCUCAUUCACAUAGCGCUAACAGCAGUGCUAUGCAGUUCUGCUCCCUCCCCCAGGGAGCUUCGUUGCCCUUGGUAGAGCGGAAGAAGAUUCCAGAACAGGAGCAGAGGGGAUGUAGGAUAUGGAAGUCUUUCCUUUGGGUCGGUGUCGGAUCCUAAUUCAGGACUCGGUAAUUGAGGUGUAGAAGGGCCACCUUGCAGAGGGGACAGAAAACUGGCAUUUGGCUCCCAAUUUGGCCUAUAAAAGUCUUUAAUAAUACCAUUAUUGACCAACUUGAAAACUACCAUGGGCAAAUGACUGCUUUGCUGGCCAUGCAGUUGGAUUCCUCCCUGUUUGCUGCCACGGGAGCGGUGAGGGGCACCAGGGAGGGUUGCCGCCCACGCCUACCCCGAGGGAGCCCCUCUGCCCCGCCGCGUGAGACCUAGCGGGGCAGCUGGGGAAGGAGCGGCAUUGCUGGUAGAGCGCCACCUGGAGGAUUCGCUUGCGCAUCGCUUUGUGCAUAUUUUUACCUUUUGCUCCUUGUUAGGUCUGUUCUGAGCGCCUAGAAAAGCAUUUUCCAGAAGGGAUUUCUAUUUUUAAAUAAUGGAAUGGGUCCUUUUCCUUUUUUGCUACAUUACAUCAUAACUGCAGGUCAAGAAUGUGAUGGAUUUGACUGUAUUUGCUUUCAAAUAAAGCCAUGAGUCAUGGAACAUUCUUGGUCCUAAUACUUGGGUUACUAUGGCAGAAGCCAACAAUAAGAUUGCUCUUGUUUUAGAAGAAUGUAGUUUCCCUAAUGGCCUGAAAUUUCCAUUUAACCUUUGAUUUCCAGUGACAUUAGCAAGCUGCUUCUAUCCUUAAGCAAGCUUACAAGAUUGUAUGUUAACUAUAUCCGCUUUUUGAGCAAUGUGAUCAGUUUGUAACUAAAAGAAAAAAAAAAACAAACAUUAGAAUCCUGUCUAGGCCAAGAUAUUUCUGGUUCUGGGAUGUCUUUUUAUACUAUGAGAAUGCCCUCCUCCACGGUUCAGACAGCUUCCCCUAGGCUUCGCUUUACAUCUAGUUGCCAAAUACUAUUUCUUAAAUUUGGGAGAUGAUGAUGUUAACUUCCUCAAGAUAAUUUCUAAUUUACUGAGUUGUGAAGAGUCUACAUUGAUGGCUACUAAGAAGAUAAUCUUAUUUUUCUGAAUGCUUCCAUGAAUCCAGGGGACUUGAGAAUAUGCAAAACCCACAUGGUUAGAAGACUAUAUUUAUAAAUAUUCUUUGUUGCUGCAUUAGAUUUUCUAACAGGAAACAUUCUUUACAUGAAAAUACCUUGAGUUAGCUGAGCUUUUCCCUCCUGAUUUUGUGUUGAUUGGUGAAAUACAGGGUAUGUGGAAGUUCUCUAAUUAACCUCGGUUGUGUGUAAAUAACCCACAGAUGUACUGAAUUGCUUGUGGGGCUAUCUUGUCCCCUUCAAUCUGUGACACAAUAAAAGCCCUUUGUGCAAAGUCGAAUGAGCACCCUGAGCCAUAAGUUGUUUAAUAAACACAUUUCGGGUGAUUAUUCCAGGUUUUCAUCAGCCCAUCGAUGCACUGAUUUGUGCCCACCCAGAGCAGCUCUCUGCAUCUCCAUCCGGCUCUGCAGUGCACUAAGGCUUCCCUUAAUGAUCACUGUUUGGGUUUCUUUUUUUUCUUCUUUGGGAGGAGUGGGGGGCAAAAGGGAAGAAGAGAGAUGACUUACAGGGUGGCACUUGAAAGAAAAUUCUAUCAAUAAAAACUGAGUAGAGCAAUCAUGGGAGAUCAGAUUUAAUUUUCAGUGCUGACUUGACAUCAUUCUCAGGCUGUGUUCGUAUUUCACUUCUGGCCUCAAAGGAUUCUUUGGAUGCAUUUUCAUUUCUCAUGUCAUUAAUGUAUCUGUAACCUAACAUGCCGCUCCUCUUGGGAUCUGUGGGAUGGUUUUUUUUUUUUUUUUUUUUUUUAAUCAAGUGGCAUGGUAACUAGCAGAACACAAUUAAUUUAGCCCUUUAGGCAAAACUUGGAAUGAAUGGUCUUGCCCAUUGUCAGGCUGUUCAUUUCUAUUCAGAAUAUUAAGCCUCUCCAUGGUUCUUCCCCGAGGUACCCACACACCAACUCAUAUGCCCACGUGAGGCCUGCCAUUACAGCGUGACGUGCUUGUCGUCUGAGAGGUGGGCAGGGACUUAGUUGUGUGAUUUAUAUGUGCAUGUUAAAUCUCCUUCCUCACACAAGAAAGACCAUUUUCCCAGUACUUGCAGUGCCUGAUAAAAGGAACCAAUUGUUUAUUUAUGUUCUCUCUUUGAGAUAGAUUUAUGUGAAAGAGAGGGUUCUCUUUCUCCAGGUCCUCCAGUUGGUGGCAGCUCACCACUCAGUCUCAGGAUUUCCACAGUAUGUCACAGCUAAUGUGUCUACACAUUCCCUCUAUUUACGGAUUUGUGAGUCACAUGUGGCUCACUGUUCGGGGCAAGACACUUACGGAAUCGGGCUGGUGGAGAGGGGCCCUGCAGAACUCAAAAGUAAGACAACUGAGUAGGAAUUUCCUCAAUGAGAAUAGGUUUAAAAAAAAAAGUCACUCGAUACCCUGAUAACAUUUUUUUGUGAGUAAGAAAUUAAAUUCAGUGCCUGGUGGCUAGGGUUCUCUCUCUAAAAUCCAUGCUGUUUUAUAAGGACAAGACGUCCUAAGGACAAAGGCUGUUGCCCCUUACCAGGUAAAGUACUGGACAAUGGAUUAAAAUUUCAGGAGCCUGAAGUGGUUUUGGAGUAAAUGAAACAUAUUUUAAUACCAUUUUAUUUCAGGAGAUUUGGGCUUAAAGUUAGGCUUCAGAUUUUGAAAUUAGUUCUCCAUAAACAAUCAGUUAUAUGUAGAAUGUGCACUUUUUUCUUCUUUGAGACUAUCAGAGUCCAUUCCUUGGCUUUUCAGUGUGAUUUUCUUUGUGCUUGUGUUCAUUUAUUCAUUCCUCAAAUAUGGAAUGAACAGUCUUUGCGUAAGCCUUUGUGGUAGACCUUGGGGAUACAUGACCCUGUCUUCAGAAAUCUUGCAGUCUGGACCAGGAGUCAGCAACAUUUUUCUGUCGAGUACCAGAUUAUAAAUAUCGUAGGCUUUGUGGUCUAUGCAGUCUGUGUUACAACUACUCCGUUCCGCUGGUGCAGCCUGAAAGCAGCCGUCGAUGACUCGUCAGUGAAUGGACAUGGCUGUGUCCCAGUAAAACUUUAUUUACAAAAGCAGGCUGUGGACUGACUAGGCCCGCAGGCAGUGGGUUUUGGACCCCUGACCUAGCGGACAAAUAGGAUGCAAUUCAGGGUGACACAAGAUUCUGCAAAGCACGCGGCAGGGGACCGGACCCUGAUGGGGAACGGGGAAUCUGCGAAGCCUUUUUGGAACUGUGAUGUUUACACGGAGCCCUGAAGGGUGUGUAGGAAUAGCCAGGGGAGGAGGGUGCAGGUUAGGGACGUGAGAAAGGGGGCAGCUACGUGUGGAGAAUGACGUAUUCCCGAGGGAGGAAGCACUUGACGGUGGCAGGGCUGGAAGGCAGAGACUCCCAAGGAGAGCGACAGGACACCGUCUCGGUCUGUAGGAGUGUGACGUGGGCUCUGCUUUAUACGGGAGGUGACCGCCCCUCGGAACGCUCAGGUGGCAGAACUUGAAGCUCUCUCACGUGAAAAUCAUGCAGACAGUUCUGCUUUAAGUUCAGUCACUUCAGCGCCAGCAACGUGCAUUUGAGAAACAGGCUGGACGAGAUGAACUAUGCGGACAUAGAUGACUUCUUCUUAGUCUAGCAGCUGCGCCUGGAAGGAGGUGCGUGGCUGUUUGGGAGCACAAGGAACUAUAGAAGGAGGAGAGCCAGGCAGCGAUGCUCCCGCGAGGCGUCUUCCUCUGGGAUGAGAGGUCUGUUGCUCUCCCUGAAGAGAAGCCCAACAAGCCAAGUCGCCGAGCUAACGCCUGUUCCCAAAUUGAGGGUUCUGUGAUCCCCCCACCUGAUCUUGAACUUGGUGGGGCUUCCCCCCUACGGAUGAAGGUAAAAUUUAUGGGCAACAGCACGAUGUUGUGGAAAGAGCCCCGGCCAGGAGAGGAGAUGCAUGGUCAAAUCCUGGUUCCAGUAGUUACCAGCUGUGGGACUUUAACAAAGUUGCUAAAGCUCUCUACAUCUCAGUUUUGUCAUCUGUAAAAUAGAGGUAUUCUAUCCGCCUGACACAGUUGUCCUAGAGAAGUAAGCAAUGCAGAUCUGUAGCGUUGGCACCGAGCAUGUCGGAGGGGCCCCGGGCAUCUUUCUGAGUUAGCGUUUACUGUUUAUGGCUUGCCUGCCUUUUCCAGCCCUGUUUGCUGUGGAAAAAGAGUUGGGUGACCCAACUCUUUUUCUUUUUCCCCCAACUAUUUAUUUAUAUUAUUAUGCUUAAGUUACAUGGAAGCAACCAAGCAGUUCUGCCCCAUUUCAGGGAAAGUUUCCAAUCAACACCAAUUACGUGGUGACAAAUAACUAGGAACGGUGACAUCUUUGGGUCACGACUGACAAGGAAGGAUGGGCUCCAGUGCUAGCGUUCAUCUCCAGCAAGAUAUGGCACAGCGGCCCUCACAAGCCACACUAACACGGAGCCUUCAGCGCUGGUCACGAAGUCGGAUCUCUUCCCUGAAGCUAGCAAAUCAAGUGAAAUAACUGGGUUUAAAGAACAUUUUUUUUUUAAAUGAAACCAAAUAAGUUUAAAAACCAUGCUCUUGACACAUUUUCCUUUCAAAAUUUACAUGAAACUCGCUUUUUCACUCUAAUAGCCCAGAUUUUUUUCCCUCACAUAGCCCAUCAUGUAGCCAGUCAGAUAGACUCUUCUGCCUCAAGAUGUAAACAUGGGGGGGUGGGGAAUUAACGGCAUGUGAGGGAACCUUACUGAUUCCACCAUCGGAGAAGCAACACAAAGCUCGAGUUCUUCAGAGGGGUUCGGAAGCAUGACAUUUAUGUAAGAUACUCCUUUAUGACUCUGCCCUGUGCUUUAAAAGGAAACACAACAGUGGUGCCACAUUCUCAAGGAAAGCCGCUAGGCUCCUCUAACAAGGAAGUAAAUUUAAAUGCAUUUAAAGUCAGUGUGAAUGUACAGUAUCUCUGCUUUAAAUCCCUUUUAUCCAGGUUUAGGUAGUGGCCCUUCUCUGUCACUUCUGAUCCAGUUGUGAAUGUACCGCAGUUCCUUCCCUAUCCCAACUUCUGGGUCACUUCCAGGACCCUCCCCAAUGCCCCCUGGCCUCUGCAGUGGCAGGACUACUGCGGUGGGAGAUGGCCUUCCGGCCAUCCUUGCUACCCUCUUCAUUUCCGGCAGGCUCCCCUCGUUCGGCCUGUCGACCAGUGCCUCAGCUCAUCAUUCCUAUCAGGUUUCAUCCCAGGCCUGUGAUAAAAUAACCAGAACUGCUGUGUUUUUAUGUUUCUGUUACCUUAGACCAGUCUUUGUAGGCACCUCCGACCCCAUCCGAGUAAUCUGAGGGCACUUCUUUCUGGGUUUCUUCAGGGCAUCUGAAUGAAAGGAGAAAGACAGGAAGGAAGUGAGAAGUAGCUUUCUAUGUCUUCUGUGUACUUCUCACUGUGAGCUGUGAGGGUGGAAGCGAGACUCUCGGACUCUGCACCUGGUUUAGGAGUGAGGAGACCAGGAAGGAAAAACUGUGUCUACCCCAUCACAUCCUUGAAGAGAAAGGCCUGGUCAAAGUGGGCAUUACCGUUCAAGCGUUACUAGAUGUAACGGUAACAAAGACUCUGUUCACAUGAAACCAGCUCCUCUCCUUGGGGUCGGUUCAGACUCUCCUCUCAUCCGAAGUCCUGGACUCUGCUCUCAGCACCUGCUCCUCCUGCCCUCCCGCUCACUGCCUGUCAGUUCUCUGGCUCUGGUUGCAUUGAAGGGAGGACAGAAGGGAAGAUUGUCCACCUUCCAGAACUGACUUCCAUUGUUAAGAUAGGAAAGAUAUUUACCUUAAAGCCAGUGAGGGAACUGCCAGUGAAGAGCUGAGCAGCACGUCAAUGCCUUUUACGACCUCCUUCAUCCCUUCCACGCUCACCUACUGCCAUUACCAACACACCAAGCACAACCGUUUUGCAACAAGAUGCAUUUGUUUUAUUCAAACCAAACUUCUUGUGUAUUCAGUGGGGGGAGGGGGACACAAUCAGGUUUCUCACCACCAAAUUUUUUAAGACCUUUCUUGAGACCAUUGCCUUUUAAAAAACUAUUUUCGACAUACAAAAUAUUUAUAUAAAUAUUAUUUAUUAGUGAGUUGUUAUUCAUCCUUUGGAUGCAAAUUGUAAAUUAGGAAACUAUUUUAUUACUGCUUUUUUGUGGUUAAACACUUUAUUUUAAUAUUAUAAAUAUUGAAUUAUUUUCUAUCCUCUUUGGUGUGCAGUAAGUAGUUCUAGGUCUCAGUAAUCAUGUAUUCUGGUGUAUGUGACUCAGCAAAAAAAAAAAAAAAAAUUUAAGCCAAAAACAGGUGCUUCUGUGAUGAGAACUGUUUUCUGGGGAGGCAUUAUUUACACUUUGGUUUAUGGAACAUGGUUUUAUUUAUAUUUCUGCAUUCCAUCCAGUUUCCUACAUUCCAGCAGCCCUGUUGUCCUCUCACAUAACAACCCGACUGAAAUCAAGAGAGUACCCCAAAGUUAUUUGUAAAUAGCUGUGAUGAAGAAAAAAAAGGCAUAUUAAACUUGAAGAUGAAAUGUGAACAAUUAUUUUUUUGGAUUCAGACUUAUUUUGCUAUGCACAGAACAUUCACGUUUUAACACAAAGAACUCGUGUUAGCGUCAUGUGUCUUGAAGUAUAAUUUUGCACUGUAACUUGGCUAAUGAAAGAAAGUCUAGCACCAAAGGUAGAUGAUAAGGAAAUGGUCUAGGUAAGUAGAGAUAAGAAAAAGUCUACUGUUUGACCAAAAAGCUUUUGUAAGGACAGCUUUGACGGAGUGAGCAAGAAUGGCACAUGGCACAUGGGACAUGGAUCAGGCGACCAGCCCUUCUCACCACUGCCAGCCUGUCUUAAAAGAGAAAAUGAUUCCGAGAGGCAGACGUGCUCGUCUCAUUGUAAUUUAGUUGGCGGCUUCCCUAAAACGCUGCAGGAGUCACGGCCUCUGGUGUGAAACCUCGGGAAUGAGUCCCCCACUGGGGUGGGCAGCCCCCUGUUACGCCAACGCAGGCUUAGGAGCGGGCUCGGGAAGGGCUGUUGGGAGACCGAGUAGCCUAAGAAGGAGGAAGUUCAGGCAAAACACGGCUAGAGAAGAGCCAGCAAAGGAAAGGGACCUGUGCUGGCUUGAGGGACUCGCGUAAGGCGUCAGGGACACGCUUCCACGCGUGGCCAUUGGCACGCAGAGAGCCCGCUUCCACGCGUGGCCAUUGGCACGCAGAGAGCCCGCUUCCACGCGUGGCCAGUGGCACGCAGACAGCCCGCUCGUUCGUCUUCCAGUCUCGCGAAGGCCGACUGCAGCCUCACUUCGGUGAGAAGCCCCUGUAAGUGUCCGCGGGCAGAUACCCGGGUGGGCGCCGCCAGGAUGGGAGGCACUGAACUCCGACGCCCGUCGGUCAAUGCCACGGCUGCCCACUGCGGGGGGCGAGAUGGGGGCGGUUACUGGAAACGGUCAUUUGGAUUGGCAGCUAGCAGUUAUUUCCUGUCAAAUGUACUGUGCACUUUAACCUAACGUAAAAUCUAUUUUAAUAUGUUCCCGUACUGCACAAAUACCUGUUCUGUCAAAUAGCGUCAUGAUGUAAAAGAGAAAGGCGUUUUGGGCAAAGAGCGUAUUCAAGGUCAACAACGUGCCAAGGUCGAUAUGGAAAUAGGAAUUCAGAUUGCCGCACCUUGACGGGCAUUCAGAACGCAGGGUCCUGAAAUAUUUUUUUUUUUUACAUGUAUAUAUGGCAAACAUGAAGCUCUGUAAUCCUUGUUCUGAGAGAUUUUCCCCCCCAAAAUUAAAAUAUUUCUUUUGAUACUAAUCUUCAGUAUUUUUCUUAAAGUUGGCUGUAUAAUACAAAUGACGUCAAUAUUUUGUGCAAUGGCUUUUUUAUCCCUUUUAAAUGCAGUCUGUGUAUGGCUACGUAACGUCUUCAAGAUCCUUGUACACUGUUUAUAUGUGCAAUAAAAUGGGCAUGGUCAGCUGAGAGUACCGGAAGUGGACAGAAUGUACACAGUGCAAAUAUCCUUUCUUUUAUUAAGUAACAGCCAUUAAAACUUUGAAUUUGUACAAACCAUCUUCUGCCUGACUUACCCAUCUGAUACGAAGGUUGACCAUAGUCACAAAAGAAAUCCUAGGGUGUCGUUGCUGAAAUAGACUGUAGCAUUUAUCUAGUGUA